AUGUCUUGUUUAUUUGGCCUCUCUGAACAAGAGCAAGCUAAAGCCUGCGCCGGAGUCGGCUUAGCACUCUCUCCUGUGUGGAGUUGGCUGGCUGGUGCAAUGGACAGUCUGGAGGCACAGCUACGUUUCCGUGCUGCUUGGAAUCGACAAGCUCAACAAUUAGCAGCGUAUGCGACUGGUAUACAGCUCGCCAACUCAAAUAACGCAAACCCACUGGCGAGUUCUGCUGCAAGCGUAACUGUUGAUGAUUUGUCACAACCUGAAUCAGGUGUGUGCUGCAAAUUUCACUUAUCACUUAAACUGGGGAUUUCUUUUGUUAAUAUAUUUUCAUGA